CGUGAGUCUAAGUCUGCAAACAGGAUUUCAGCUGAGCUAGUGAUAGAAAGAUCUCGACAGAAGCCACAGAAUUUCCUUCCAAACCAGGCAAUGGCUCUCCAGAGAAACCUUCUCCUCCUGCUGCUGGUGCUGCUGGCUAUUAACACUCAGGUCUCCCGAGCCCAGCACUGGUCUCACGGUUGGUACCCAGGUGGAAAGAGGGAACUGGGCCAAGCUCAGACCCCAGAGGUUUCAGAAGUAUUCCAGCUGUGUGAGGGCGAUGAUUGUGCCUUCGUGCGAAGCCCAAGGACAAACCUGUUUAGAAGCAUUUUGGCUGACCUAGUGGCUGGACGAUUUCAGAAGAAGAAGUGAGGACAGAUUGUUGGGGAAGUGACUGGCCACAGAGGUGACGGGAACAAGGGGAAAAGCUCAUCAGAAACACCAUUCUCAAAACCUACAAAGUGUGUGUUUGUGCCCAGCACAUGUGGGCAGUCUGUAUAAAGGGGAAAGUUAGCUCCAAGGCAUGCGACUUUUGACCGGAUAUCAAUUCAAAUCAAGAGUGUUUCUUUUGG